UUUGUUUGUUUGUUUGUUUAGCCUCCCUUCUGCAGAAUUUGAGAGCCGGUAUCCAAGGAACCAUUCCUGGAAAACAUGGCAGAAAAGAGAUCCCCCUUUGUUGUGGGGCUAUUGGUGGCAGGCAAUGUUAUUAUUAUGCUUUCAGGGCUGGCACUCUGUGCUGAGUCUAUUUGGGUAACAGCUGAUCCCUAUAAAGUCUACCCCAUCCUGGGGGUCACCGGCAAAGAUGAUGUCUAUGCUGGCGCCUGGAUCUCCAUUUUCACUGGGUUUUGCUUCUUCUGCGUUUGCGUCUUUGGCAUUAUCAGCCUUGUGAAUGACAGCCGCCUCAUGGUGUUGUUGUACCUGGUACUGAUCCUGGUUGUCUACUUGUUUGAAUGUGCCUCUUGUAUCACCUCCUACACACAUCGUGAUUUUGUAGUAUCAAAUUCCAAACUGGUAACCAAGCAGAUGCUGGGCUUCUACUCAGCAGAAACAGACCAAGGCCGAGAACUCACUCAGAUGUGGGACCGUUUCAUGAUGGAGCAACAGUGUUGUGGUGCCAAUGAUCCCUUGGACUGGGUAAACUAUACCUCCGUCUUCCGAAGUAGAUACCCUGAAGCAGUGGCACCCUGGCCAUUUUACUGCUGCAAACGUGAUCCAAACUUUAUCAUGAUCAACGAGGAGGGCUGCAGAUUGGGGCACACUGAUUACAUCAACACUAAGGGCUGCUUUGAGCACAUUAAGCAUGCAGUACAAAGCUAUGCCUGGGGCGUCUCCUGGUUUGGUUUUGCUAUUCUUAUGUUCACAUGUCCUGUCGUUCUUCUGGCUAUAUAUCAUUAUACCACAAUGUGAACAAUUCCAGCCAAGUAAGUGAAUUUUUUCCUAAGAAGAGGAAGAAGAUGAACAAAGGGAUGAAGCCCUUCCUUGAGGAAAAAAAUCUGCAUGAAUUCCCUCUGUACUAUAACACAUUCUCCAAGGCAUGACUACUUCAUAAGAUUGCUUUGGGUGUAGAGGUUAUUGGGCAUCUCUACAUCUAAACCUAUUGCAUUUCUC